AUGAACGUGACAGUUCCACCAAACCAAAAGCCGCGCAAACAGUUUAUCCGGAUAUGGAGUCAAUCAGCGCUAACAAUUGCUCGACAAAACCACGAUUUUGGGCCACUUAGGGGGGAAACUCAGGUCUUCCUUGUUAUCCAAUUGUUGCCCACGAACCUGAUUCAGAUUGGAGUGCUUGGGCAAAACAGACGGGCAUUUUUGAAUAUGCCAGAUAAUGAGAAGCAAUCCAGCCACAUCGCCGCGGUGAAUUGUCUGCUUAUACUUUGCUGCUUGUGUAUCCUCCACUUGUGCGACUUGUCAUCUUGCCAAAAUCAAUUCGUCACUAAUAAAUGGAAUUCCCGCAAGCCUCUGCCAACUCUGGCCCAGCAGGAGUGGCUUCUUUCUCAAGACAUUGGUCAUGUUUCCAAGCUGAUGAGAUGCCGUAGACAUUCGCACCACAGCUUUGUGACAGGCAUUGAUACUCUUUCUGCAUUUCUUAUCAUGCAUUGGUAG